AUGACGCUCUCCAACAAUACCAUCAUUGGUAUCGCCGAGCUGGUUGUCUACGUCCCGGCUUUAGUUGUUUCGAUUUUCGUUUGCAUACGCCAUGGGUUCUCUCGUAGCUCUGGAUGGCUUUACACGUUACUACUGUGUCUUGUCCGCGUCGUUGGUGCCUCUUUGCAAAUCGCGUCUCAGGCAAACCCGGACGACACAAACCUCAUUAUAGCUGCCGCUGCUCUUGAGAGCAUUGGUCUAACUCCGCUUGUUCUCGCAACCCUCGGAAUGCUGUCUCGACUAGUUGACUGGGUCAACCGCGAACUGGAAAGGCCAUUCAUCACCAUCAUCCACUUCCGCACCAUCCAGCUCUUCGUCCUCAUCGGCACCAUCCUAACCGCCGUCGGCUCCUCGAGCAGCAGCGACCCGAACUCACCACCCACGACCUCCAAGGUCAGCAUCGUCCUGUACACGCUCGCUUUCAUCGGAACCGUCGUCAUUCUCAUCUUCUCCACCCCGCACCGGCAACUCGUCCCAUCCGCCGAACGCGUCAUCAUCACCGCCGUAUUCCUCGCUUGCCCGCUCAUCGCCGUACGCGUGCUCUACUCCCUCCUCACCGUCUUCAUCCACAGCGGUGUAUUCAGGCGGUACGGCGCGCCCUUUGAGGUGCACCUCUGCAUGGCGUCCAUCGAGGAGUUCAUCGUCGUCGCGAUCUACUUGUUCAUCGGUAUGCGGCUGGUCAAACUCAGCAAGGAAGAACAGGGGGAGAUUCUUUCCCGGCCGUGGAAGGACGAUCAAGGUCAAGGUUCGCAGAGCGGGGGCCGGAGGGGUGGCGCGGGUCGUCUUGGUCGGCGCAAGCCCAGGGGUCUCAUUGGGGGGUUGAUCGGGUUGAUCAUGAGUGCCAUUGCGUCGCGGCAUGAGCGGGAGCGUGAGACGCAUCAGGGGCAUCAACGGAAUGGCUCGGGUUCUCGACAGGACGAACAUUUCUUGGUGCAGCAGCAGGGCCAGUAUGGGCACCGCCAGGGUGUCACUACGGAGUACGACCCGCACGUCUCUCGAAACGUGUAA